AUGGAGCAUAGACAGCAGAUAAAGAUGAACGCCUCCUCCUGCUGUGAUCAUGAGAUCACCAUGAACAAGCAGAGCAACGGAUUUGACCUCAAUGCCACCAGUGACUGGACAUCAGUGGACCCAGCGCCGCAGCUGCCUACCUUUUCUACAGCGGCCAAAUUCAGAGUGAUCAUUACCUUCAUCCUGUGUGGCGUUUCCACUUUCUGCAAUUCAGCUGUGCUGUGGGCAGCUAACGGCCACAAACGCAAAUCCCACGUCAGGGUGCUGAUAAUCAACCUGACUGCAGCAGAUCUCUUGGUUACCUUCAUUGUGAUGCCUGUGGACGCCGUGUGGAACAUCACCGUGCAGUGGCUGGCUGGCGACCUGACCUGCAGAUUCUUGAUGUUCCUCAAGCUGCAGGCCAUGUACUCCUGUGCCUUUGUCACAGUGGUGAUUAGUCUGGACAGACAGUCCGCCAUCCUCAACCCUCUGUCCAUUAGCACAGCCCGCAAAAGGAACAGAGUCAUGUUGACGGUGGCAUGGAUUAUGAGCAUCUUAUUUUCAAUCCCUCAGAUGUUCAUUUUCCACAAUGUCACCAUCACAUAUCCAGCCAACUUUACUCAGUGCACCACGAGGGGCAGCUUCGUCACUCACUGGCAGGAAACUGCCUACAACAUGUUCACCUUCUCCUGUCUUUUCCUGCUGCCGCUGGUCAUAAUGAUCAUCUGCUACACCAGGAUCUUCAUCCAGAUCUCCAAGAGGAUGAUGACAAAGAGCUUGUCCUCCAAUGAGCCACAUCUACGCUGUUCAAAGAACAACAUCCCUAAAGCGCGAAUGAGAACUCUGAAAAUGAGCAUCGUCAUCGUGAUCUGCUUCAUCGCCUGCUGGACGCCGUACUACCUGUUGGGUCUGUGGUACUGGUUCUUCCCAGACAACCUGGAGGGGAAAGUCUCUCACUCUCUCACCCACAUUCUGUUCAUCUUUGGCCUUUUCAACGCCUGCCUGGACCCCAUCAUAUACGGUCUGUUCACCAUACGCUUCCGCAAGGGGCUGAGGCGCAGCCACCACAAAGCUGCAUCAAUGUUAGACAAGGAAACUACCAUGGUGAUAACAGAUGCUUUGAACUGUACUUUGCCGCGUAACAGAGGGAUGAUCACUGGUCAGGUCAGCAACUUUGACCAGGCUGAGGCAAAUCCACUGACUCCAGCUGUCCGACUGUGUUCAGUCAAGGAGAGGGAGGACAAUCGCACCACUUCAGCUCUGAGAGCAUGA